CUUCAAGUCUAUGGACCAGUUAUGUUAAUGAAAGUUGUUAAUUACUUUACAUAGAAUGGUGAAUUCUGAGGAAGAAGCAGCUGUUGUGUUGAGCCACUUCUAACUGAGGACUGAAAAUGCCAGCAGUUGAAAGUGAGGCAAAGGCAAAAACCAAAGUCCGCUUUGAGGAAAUCUGGAGACAGCAUGCUAGUAUAACAGACACAAAGAAGUCAAAAAAAAAGAAGUUUCACGCUCAAGAGAAUAUUGUGCUUGACACCUUUAGAAGUAAUAUUGAUCUAGCUAAGGAAAGUGUGAAUGAUGAAGCAAUUAUAAACAACACGUAUAAUCCUGAAGAAGAGAGUCCCCGAUUUACAAAAAAUAAGCUGAGAGAGAAAGCCUCACUUGCAGAGAAAAUAAACAAUGAUAUUGUUAGUGAAGAGCAGGCGGACAAGCAACAAAAGUCUAACAAGAAGAAAAAGAAAUCACAGUUACAAGAACAAUUUAAUGAGGAGGAAAAUUUAUAUGAAGCUAAAUUGGAGAGUUUUGAGAAAAAGAUUAAUGAUUUUCCAAAGAAGAAAACAAAAAGUAAAUCACAAACAGAUGUACCUCAUCAAGAAAGUGAUAGGAAGAUUAAAAAUUCCUUGGCUGAAGUGAGAAAUGUAACUGACUUAGAAGAGGAAGAAGAGCUAAUUCGAGCCUAUCAGCUGCAUGUGACAGAGGAUGAGGCAAAUGCAAUUAAAAAGAAAAUAAGAAUGAAACUUAAAGAGCAGAUGUCUGAAUUUACCUCCACUGUUCAAAGCCAUGAAGUUUUAUUGAACAAUGAAGUGGGCAAAAAGAAGAAAAAGAAGAAAGAAAGAGCAAUUUUAAAUGAAGCUGAAACAAGUGCAAUGUCCCUUUCUGAGCUACAGCAUCAUCCAACAGAAGAAAACAAGUCAUUGGAAAGAGUACUUACAUCAGAAGGACAGAAACCGGAGGAAAUUGUGGAAAAACAGAAACCUAAGGCAAAGAAGGUUAAAAAGAAGACCCGAAAAGAAGGAAACACAGAAGUUACUGCAGAAAACGAUGAGGAAAUGAAGAAUUCAGAAAUUUCAAGUCAGUCUAAAUUUGGUUUUGGUGAUGAUCUUGUGUUGGGAGUUUAUAUCCAUCGAUCUGAUCGACUUAAGACUGAUCUCCUGGUGUCUCAUCCCAUGGUUAAAAUCCAUGUUGUUGAUCAGAGAAGUGGCUUAUACGUCAAGAAGAAUCAGAGCAAGAGGAAAGUUUCAUCUUAUUAUGAACAGGAACAAAUAGAGCACAUUCUUCCUAUUAUGACACAACCAUAUGACUUCAGACUGUCUAAAUCAACAGUUCCGGAAUGGGAGGAGCAAGUCAUAUUUAAUGAGCGUUUUAGUUAUUUUAUUCAAAACACUGAAGAAAGCCCUCUGGUAAUUCUGUUUUUUGAGAUCGUUGAUUUUCUAAGUGUGGAUGAAGUGAGAGCCAACUCUCAUGUACAAAUUCAGGAAUCUGGUUUCCGAAAAAUUUGUUGGGCAUUUCUAAAGCUUGUAGGUACCAAUGGAGUUCUAAACAUUGACGGAAAACUCCGUCUGCAAUUAUAUUACCCACCUCCAAGGACCAAGUCGCAUUCAAAUGUUGAGAUUUAUGACUGGUGGGCAAGAUGUCCUAGAAAUCGUUACCCAUCAACUUUAUAUGUAACUGUAAAAGGCAUAAAACUCCCAGAUCAUGUUCCUCCUUCUCUCCGCUCUAUGGUAGCUGUUCCGCAAGAACCAACUAGUGAAACACUGUGUGAACUCCAGAGAGAGGGAUCUAAAAAAUUAUGUAAACCUUCUCCAGAGGAGAAAAAGGAACCCUUUAAAUGGACAAGAUUGCCUGGACAGACUUGCCGCAUACCGAACAAGUUUCUGUUUUCACUGCGAGGUGGAGAUAUGGGCUGUUUCUGUAUUCGUUUCUCUCAUGAUGGGAAAACGCUGGCAGCAGCAUGUGCAGGAAGAAAUGGCUAUCCCAUCGUUUUGUAUGAAAUUCCUUCUGGACGGUUCCUGAGAGAGUUUUAUGGUCACUUUAACAUAGUGUAUGAUCUUUGUUGGUCAAAAGACAAUCAGUACCUUCUUACUGCAUCCUCUGAUGGCACUGUCAGGAUGUGGAGAAUAGAAAUGCAGGCAGCAUCUGCAGUGAGAGUUUUCCCUCAUCCUUCAUUUGUUUACACUGCAAAGUACCACCCAAUUGCUGACUCCUUAGUCGUGACAGGGUGUUACGACUCAGUGAUUAGAAUUUGGAAUGCAAACGUGAAAGAAAUCCACGGGCAGCUGCUCCAGGAGCUUGAUGGUCACAAAAGUUUCAUCAACACACUUUGCUUUGAUGCAGAAGGUCUCCACAUGUUCUCAGGAGACAGUUCAGGACUGAUAAUAGUUUGGGAUACAUCUGUCAAAGGAAGUUUUCAACACUGGAGGAUUAGUAAGGAAAUACAAGAAAAUGAUCUUAAAGGAACACCAGUAAAUCAUUUGGAGGUGCAUCCAAAUGGAAGGCGUUUAUUAAUCCACGCCAAAGACAGUACCCUGAGAAUCAUGGAUCUCAGAAUCUUGGCUACAAAGAAAUACAUAGGUGCCACAAAUUACAGAGAAAAGAUUCACAGCACCUUAACACCAUGUGGUACGUUCCUGUUUUCUGGAAGUGAAGAUGGAAAAGCUUAUGUUUGGAAUCCAGAAACAGGAGAUCAGGUGGCCAUAUAUUCUGAACUCUCCUUCACAUCUCCACUUCGUGAUGUUGCCUUUCAUCCACAUGAACACAUGGUGUCAUUUUGUGCCUUUGGUCAAACCCAGCCAAUACUUGUAUACAUUUAUGAUUAUAAAGUUGCACAACAGGAAGCUGAACUCAUAAAAGAUCUCACUUCAUCACUUAGCACAGCUGUACCAAGAGGGCCUCAGUUCUUGAGCAGUUUUUCUGAAAUUCCUGUGCAAAAAAGUUCAGUGAUGUCUGCAGCAGAUCAGUUUGUCAGUGUCGCAAGAGCAUCGAUGAGAAUGCAGAAGGUGAAACAAAAACUUGAUUCUGUUCUGGCAAGCUCAAAUCUCUUGUUUCCUGCGCCAUCACUGCUGUCACCACACUCCAAGCUAAGACUGCCAGGCACUGUGAGCACUCCACUGAAUCCCCUGUAUUCUUUUACUGCUAACAGUGGGUGUUUCAGCCCAGUAGGAAAUCCUCUUAGCCGAACACUAUUGGGUAGACUACAGACGAAUGAUGACUGCCUGACUGCCCUGGGAGCGAAAGGAGGAGGAAGUUGUCCACUCGAGCAAGAGACAGUAGUGGCUCUUUAUGACUACACAGCGCAUCGAUCAGAUGAGCUAACCAUCCAUCGCAGUGACAUUAUCCAAGUGUUAUACAAAGAUAAUGAUAACUGGUGGUUUGGCAGCCUAGCAAAUGGACAGCGAGGCUAUUUUCCAGCUAAUUAUGUGGCUGGUGAGAAAGAAUAUGAAGAACAGCCUUCAGGAUUAGUACCAGAUUCUGCUCCUCUCCUGCCUGAAGGACCAACAGAAUCAGAGGAAGGUUUUCCAACACCACAUAAGAUGUCACCAGUCAUCAGUAAGUCAGGGGACCUAAAAUUUAGCUCAGAGCGUGACACAGAUAAAGACUCACCUGCAACACAAGGAGCAAAGAAAAAGAAGAAAAGGAUACAGAGGAAUGAGAGAGAAAAUCAGCACAACUUAAUGGAUCUCGAUACUUCUGUAUCAUCAGUUACAGCUAAUGGUGUUGAAAAUGAACCUACAGCCCAUGGGGUGAAAUUGAAGAAGAAAAAGGCAGCAAGAGGCCCAAACUUAAGCACAAAUGGAAAGACAAAUACUGCCUUUGAGCCUGAACACCGUGAUAUAUAG